AGAGCGGAGGAGCUGCCGGUGAGUAGGGAGGGCUCGCUGGUUCCUUCCUCGGGGUUUUCUGGUGCUGCUCGGUGCUUCCCUGCAAGGAGAGGACCCCCGUGUUUGCGGUUUUCAGUGGGACGGUAACAUCCCCAUGGCACUGACACCGCCGGAGGAGUCGGUAGCCUCCAAGGGCACGCUUCCUGCCAUGUCCCAGAUUCCAGGUCUUUGUGAUGUUGAAGAAGAUCCCAAUGAAUUGCCGUCUGGGUGCCACAGGAGGUGGAUCAGAGACACUGAUUCAGAUUACGUCAAGCUGUCAAAGCAAGGAGGCCAACCUGACCUACUGAAGCACUGUGCUCAUGUGGCAACGGAGUCCUCUCAGUCAACAUAUGCUGCCCCUGACUGGUACUCACACCGCCCCAAAGCCCCAGCAACUGGUGAGCCACGGAGCUAUGUUUCCUCGAUGCCGGAUUAUAUGGUUCACAAAGAGUUCAAUGCUGCUGACUAUCAUGGUGAUGCUUAUGAGUCAAAAAGAGGGCCUUUUGAUUUUGAUAUGAAGAGUGUCUGGCAGCGGGAUGCUGAUGACAAGGAGGAUGCAGAGAAAAAGAAGAUUUCUCUAAUGCAAGCCAAGCUCCCAGCUGUAAACCCUGAAUAUUCAAGCAAAAUGCCGAAUGUUUCUACAAACAAGGAAUUCAGUGGGGAAAAUAAGCUUUCUUCCCCAGCUGGGUCUACUCAGAGAAAAGGUGAAGCAGUAAACUUUAGCAAAUUAAUAAGCAACGGUUAUGGGACUGACUGGUUUGAGCAGCAUUCUGGACAGGAAAAUAAGAUUCAAGAAACAUCCCAAAAUAGUGAGCAGUCUGAAGAUUCAGAAGCAUCACAGUUGGAAUCAGCACCUGCUAGUAACUAGUCGAAGCCAUGGUUUCAGGGAUGUAAUAAGUAACUUAAAUGACUACUGGGCAAAGUAACAGCUUAUAUAGCUUUUAUAGUCCACCCUUUACAUGUUUGUUGGAUUAGUUUUUAUAGUUGAACUCAUCCCUGAAUGAGAAAUUAGUUUUCUUUCUAAUAUAGAUAAGCUUCAUUGUGCUGGAUUACAGCAGACUUUAAAGAACAGCUGUCAGGAUGUAUUCCUAAACUUUUUUGUUAAUACGAUAAGUAAAUAAAGCAAAGCUGAAGUUCUCUCCUGCACCAGAUGAGUGCUCAUGUGUUGUGAAAUAGAUUUACUGUAUUGAUACUAAUUUGCCUAGACAUGGCUACAAUACUGAUAUGUCCAAACUAGCAACUUUCUUUCUUUAACUACAGUUAUACUCAUGACCUGUGCCAUAAAGAAAGGUGAAGGGAAACUGUAUGGUAUGGGGUGAAACAUAAAUAGAAAUAACUGAACUUGUAUGGAGACUCACAGUAAAAAGCUAUGACAAAAUAAAAAUAAUUUAAAAACCCUAUUAUCAAAAACCAAGCAUGGGUAUUUAAAAGCAUUUACACUUUUAUAUACCACUUGUUGACAUAGACUGUAAAGUGCUUGCUGUGCUAAACCCUUCAAAAUCUAUUCCAUAAAAUGAGAAUUCCUGUGUGACUGCAGUACUGCUGACUUGUAGACAAUUCUUUCCUCUGUGAUGGUCUCCUUGUUUUGUACAAAAAUUCUUAAACUAACGUUGAGUUGUUUGAUGUGAAAGUCCUCUUAAUUUUUUUAAUACUUUUUCCUCAGUACUGGAGUAUUUGCCUGAAAUUGUCGUAUUUUUAGGGAAUUGUCAGAGGCACAGACAACUGAGAUCCUAACUUGGUUAUUUAGCACUGUUAUUUGGUUUAAUGUAGUUGAGCUCUUAGAAGUGUUCAUACUGCCAGUUUUCAGAUACUUUAAAAAUGUACAUCAAACUCUGUUGUAAAAAUGGUCUCUUUUUACCUUGGUCACCAUUAGGUACUAUCCACAUGCUAUUCCUCAAAUUCUUAUAAGUAUGCUAAUGUGCCAUUAAUGUAUACUCAGCUUACCUGAGUCAAGCCAAGGAGAUGUUUGAUGCACUGUCAACCAACUGUGUCAUGGAUCACAGUCUGAAUACCAUGAGUUAGAAUAUUAACAGCCCGCAAAGCAGGUGGAGAACCUUGGAAUUUGUGUUUGGGCAGUGAGAAUAAUAGAGGGCUGCAGCAGAAGCAUAACUUACCAGCUGUCCAAGGGACAC